AUGGAGAACAAAGUUGGUCAUGAAGGCGCGCAGCCUAGUCAACCUUCUAGUCCUACAUCACAAGAUUUGGAUCAACAAUAUCGUCGGCAAAGGGAAGGGCCGGAUUCAAACCAGUCAAAUCAUCGUCAAGGGAUAGAUGAUACAUCUGCAGCAGACGACAACAACAGCAACAGUUCCGGGUCAAGUUCUAGUCAGGAGAAUCUUGAGAGGUUAAUCGAACAAUUAUUUCUCCAGCAGAUUGAUAGACAGAUAGAGGAGGAUGCGUUACACGAUAAUGUUAGUGAUGAUGAUGAGACUGUGGAAGAAGAGAGUUUAGUUUCCGCUGAAGGAUCAAAUUCCAAUAGCCAGGACGAUCAAAAUCAACAAGGGACUUACACAGUUGCAGUUUUCUUCCCUAAUGAAGAUGGAGUGAGACGUCGUCAAUAUGGUACUAACAUGCUUCUCUUGCUGAACCCUAACGUUGGUCCAUUAGAUGUAGAUGGAAUGAGCCAUGAGGAACUAAUGGAACUGGGAGAAAGGAUUGGCAUGGUACAAAGAGGAUUACCAAAAGAAACUAUCUCAAGUCAUCUGAAAACAAGAGUUCACACAACAUCUGCAGACUCUACGGAAGAAAAGAAUGAAAUUUGCACCAUAUGUCAGGAUGGAUAUGAGAACAAGGAUAAGAUUGCCACUCUUGAUUGCCAACAUGAAUACCAUGAAGACUGCAUAACAUAA